ACACCCUAACCCAAAACUCCAAAAUCUAGAAUGCUCCCAAAUCCAUGCAGACCAACACAGCACCCCAAGUGGAAAAUUCCACAUCUGAUCUCAUGUUAAGUGGUGGAGUCAAAGCACAGGCAUGCCAGAAAUACAGGACAAAAUUACCCUCAGGCUAUGUGUGGAAAAAGUGUAUGAAACAGAACUGAACAACUGAACUUCUUGUUUAGACCUGGGUCCAGUCCCCAAGAAGGCAUAUUACAUACAUGCAAAUAUUCCAAAGUCCAAAGAAUUUCUGGUCCCAAGCAUUUUGGAUAAGGAGCACUCAGCCUGCAAGCACAAGUAGUAUGCAUUCUUCAAUCAGGUUUCAAAUCCCGACUCUACCUCUUAUUCUGACACAGCCUCAGAUAAGUCCCUUCCUGACUCUGCUUCAUUUUUCUCACUGAGUUAUCAUGGAGACUAAAUAAGUUAAUGUACAUAAAUAGUCCAGAAGAGCGAGUGGCAUGACCUAUGAAUGCUGUCAGCACCAAUAUCAUCUUCUUUCUCAGUAGCACAGUGAGGUGGUCUGAUGACUCCCAAGAACAAUGGAAGCAAAGAGAAAUUCAAAUUAUCUACUGCUUGCUCUGUUUAUACACUUGUAAAAAGAAGAGACUAAAAAUACCUACCUAGAAGAAUAAAUAAGUUAUCAUAAUGUGGUAGAUAGCUGUCAAGAAAUUAUCAUUAACAUUCAUACAUUAAAAAGAAUCAACAACAUACACAAAUGCAACAAGUUCAUACCCCAACAGAUAUCCCCCAUCCUGCAUGUCUAUCAAACUUCCAUCCACAGAUUUUAAUUAACCAGCAUGUGAGUGUGGACUUAACAUUUUACUUCGGACAAAUUAGCACAAACUAUUUUUCCUAGGAAACCCUUUCUGAAAAGAUACACACUUAAAAUAGAAGACAUAUUCUUAGGAAAAUUAAGUGCUACAUUAGGAUAUUAAAAAUUGGAAUUCAGAAAAUGGAGAGUAUGUAGAGUACUGAAGAAGCAGAAUUAAGUCCAAUUUUGAAAGAAAAGAUACACAUAUAUGGGAAAGAUGGAUGGAUGAACAAUCAAUGGAAAUGAUACACUAAGUAGAGAAACAACUUCUAUUAAUAUGUCUUGACCUGGAAACUCAUGUUGUUUUAUUUUUAUCUUAAGUUGAGAGCUUGACACUAUUUGGUAUACUUUCCCUCUGAUCCCUGAUAACAUUUAUCUCUUGGUACCUUCAAAAUACAACACAAACCAUCUCUUGUCCAGAAAGUCUCUCCUGUUUUGAUUUCCUUUUCUUGGCUCUCACACAGCACACACUCCCUGCCACCCCUUCAGCUACCACACCAUCUGCAUGUCAGUUACAAUCUGCUCUAUGUUCAACUAUGUUCAUCUGUGUUGUGACUUUGAUUUUUCCCCCACUUAAAGGUAUAAAGUACACACAUAAGAUGAAAAAAAAAAAGAAAUUAAAUGUAUAAUUCAGUGAGGUGUGACACUAUGCAAUCACUACAUCAAUUAAGAUUAAAAAAAUUUAUCAAAAAAGAUUCACUGUCUCUCCUUCUCUAACUCUGCCUCUCAAAUAAAUAAAUCUUAAAAAAUUCUCUCGUGCUCCUUUCCACUCAGACACCUACAACUGUCUUUACAGCCUUCUUAUGCCUCUAUUAGAGCUGCCUUAAAUGAAAUCACACAGUGUGUGUUCCUUUGUCUCUAAUGUCUUUGCUCUAUGUUUUGAGGCUUAUCCAAAUUGUUGGCAGGUACCAUUCCUCUAAGUCACUGAGGGAUAUUCUAUUCUUUGCAGAUAGCACAAUUUGUUUACCUAUUUUAAUCGGUUGAUGAGUAUUUGGGUUGCACCCAAUUUGGGGCUGUUACAAAUGAAGAUGCUAUGAACAGUCUAAUAAAAGUCUUUUUAUUGGGCAUGUGCUUUCAGUUCCCUUGGGUAAACACCAAGGAGUGCAAUGACUAGUUCAACGUGAUACGAAGUUACCAAACCGUUACACUCCAACCAGAGUAUAUUAAAGAGCAGUCCAGGCGGAAAGCAAGUAGAUUUCCCUCAACAUCAGAUGCUACACUCAGUCGCGGAUCCAGUCUUGCCUACAGAGACCAUAGGAGACUGGAGAGAGUGGAUGCUUUGUGAAGACACACUCCAGCCACAUCAAGAUGACAAGAAUUCCCUGGGCUAAAUUACUUCACUGAAGGCAAACCUCACUUCACACAAAAAAAUCUUAAAAGCCUUUGGCUUCACCAGGCACAGAAUGCUCAACUCAACCACCACGGAGCCUCCAGCAGAAGUCUGCACCAAGAACACCCUCAUCACCCAGCACAUCAUCCCGGUGCUGUACUGCCUGGUCUUCGUGGCGGGGAUCCUCCUCAACGGCGUGUCCGCAUGGGUGUUCUUCUACGUGCCCAGCUCCAAGAGUUUCAUCAUCUAUCUCAAGAACAUCGUCGUGGCCGACUUUCUGAUGGGUCUGACUUUCCCCUUCAAGAUCCUUGCCGACUCGGGUCUGGGGCCCUGGCAGCUGACGGUGUUCGUGUGCAGGGUCUCCGCGGUGCUCUUCUACGUGAACAUGUAUGUGAGCAUCGUGUUCUUCGGGCUCAUCAGCUUUGACCGGUAUUUCAAGAUUGUGAAGCCCCUUUCCACGUCCUUCAUCCAGUCUGUGAACUACAGCAAACUCGUCUCGCUGGUGGUCUGGUUGCUCAUGCUCCUCCUCGCCGUCCCCAACGUCAUUCUCACCAACCAGAGAGUUAGGGACGUGACGCAGAUAAAAUGCAUGGAACUUAAAAACGAACUGGGCCGCCAGUGGCACAAGGCGUCAAACUACAUCUUUGUGGGCAUUUUCUGGCUUGUGUUCCUUUUGCUAAUCAUUUUCUACACUGCUAUCACCAGGAAAAUCUUUAAGUCCCACCUGAAAUCCAGAAAGAAUUCCAUCUCGGUCAAAAAGAAAUCCAGCCGCAACAUCUUCAGCAUCGUGUUUGUCUUCUUUGUCUGUUUUGUACCUUACCACAUCACCAGAAUCUCCUACACCAAGAGUCAGACGGAAACUCAUUACAGCUGCCAGUCAAAAGAGAUCCUGCUCUACGUGAAAGAAUUCACUCUGCUCCUGUCUGCCGCAAACGUAUGCCUGGACCCCAUUAUUUAUUUCUUUCUAUGCCAGCCAUUUAGAGAAAUCUUAUGUAAGAAACUGCAUGUCUCAUUCAACGUUCAGAGUGACCUAGACACCUCCAAAAUCAAGAGGGGAACUGCAGUACAGGAAAGCACAGACACUUUGUGACUCCCACCUACAAAGUCCAUGUAUGUACGCUGUCACCUGCAGUUAUGCAAGAGGAAUAAAAAGGAAACACGCCCAAAAUAAUGGCAUCUCCAGCAUUAGCAUCCAAUUUCCUACAAUAAUAAAAUCCCAAUGUAAGUUUCCACGCUUGUUUGUAACAUCAGCAGAUUUCGUUCCUUCAACUGCCCUCUCUUUUUCCCAAUCAAUAAAAAGCAAAAAAUUUUAGACAUAGAGUUAUUCAACCCUAUUUCAACAAUGCAUCAGUUUCAAAUUUAUGAUCACCAGUCUGGUCAGCCGUGUAGAAGUUUAAAUAGUAAAUAAAGAAAACAGGAUGUGAUCCAAGACAACUCACCUGAACAUCUUUUCUUCUCUCAAUGCAGGGAUUAUGUUAGUAGGUUACAUGAUUUGUUUUCAACAGGAUGCUUAAAGAUCAACUUAAAAGCAGGUAUGGUUUCAUAAUGGACCACAGGCCUGAAUGUCACGAAAAAAUCAAGUUUUCUCUGAGUUGAAGAAGCAGGAUGAGCACUCAGAAAAUCACCUUUAGAAACCUAUAGUGAUUUAUCUCAUGGCAUUUCAAAGAAAGAUUUAUGUACUUGGCCAUAAGAAUGUAAUUUAUUUUCCUACAGCAUGUUGAGGAUAUUAGAUACACAUUAAAUAUGCUAUCCACAAAGAUGUAUCAUACCACUUGAUGAACCUGGGAUUCUGAUGUAAGAAUUUUUAAUUUUUCUACACUUCAUUUCAAACAACACAAAUGAAUAACCAGAUGAUGGUGUUGGAAUAUUUUAAAGGGGACUCUACUGCAAAAAAAAAAAAAAACUAGAUAUUGGCUUAUGUCACCAAUAAUGUCCCCCAUUCAAUGGUAGGGGAAAAGGGGCUGGCAUUGUGUUGUGCCAGCGGAUGAAGCCGUCCCUUGUAAUGCUUAACCCCUGUAUCAGAGUAACAUUUGAGUCCAGGCUGCUCUGCCGCCAGGCAAGUUUCCUGCUUACACUCCUGGGAAGGCAGCAGAUAAUGAUCCAAGCACUUGGUUCAUUCAUUCAUUCACUCAUUCUCUUUGCCUUUCAAAUAAAUGAAUGUAUCUUUUAAAAAAGAAAUAAUGUGCAAUGAGUGCAAAAAAUUACAUCCAAACAAAAAAUUCACAAGUCACCUUUUCUGGAAACAGAUGAAUUUAAUGUGUGGAGAUAUGGGAUAUGGAUGCUGGCUUGUGAGUCAUAAAAAUAAAGUUCUUUUUCUGCUAUUAACCAGCUAGAAAACCUCAGCCAGUCUUUCCAAUGUUCUUUAAGCACUUUUCAUAAAUAAUGUUUGCAGCUAUUUCAUGUGUUACUGUGUUUGCACCAAUAAAAUGUUUAAGCUGCUGA